GUUGCUACACAAAAUAAUAAAAAUAUCUCUCUCUCCUUCAUUCUGUAGAAUCUGUAAUGGCUACUUCUUCUCUUCCUUCUUAUCACCUCUUAAACUUUCACUCAUUCUCUUACUCCCGCCAUUACAAUCAUCUCCACACUUCUUCUUUCUUCAAUUCAAUUUCCAUCAAACGAAACCCUAAUUCCUCUUUUCGUCUUCGAGCUCUCCCAAAAUCCAAAGAAAAUCCCAAAUCCUCAAUUCCUCCUUCACAUUCUUCUCCCUCUAAUUCCUUCCUUCCUCCACUUUUCCGCUUCAGAGAUGCACUGAAUUCAGAUGAUCUUGGUGUGGAGAUAUUGUCGAUUGCAUUGCCUGCUCUUUUGGCUUUAGCUACUGAUCCUAUCACUUCCCUUGUUGAUACUGCAUUUGUUGGUCAUUUGGGGUCGGUUGAAUUAGCAGCUGUUGGGGUGUCAGUAUCAGUGUUUAACUUGGUAUCAAAGUUGUUCAAUGUUCCUUUGCUCAAUGUGACAACAUCAUUUAUUGCUGAAGAGCAAGCAUUAGUCAGUAUGCAAAAUGAAAGUUCCAUUCAAGUUGGCCAAGAUAAUGGAAAAAGGAAAAAAGUCCUUCCAUCGGUGUCGUCAUCUUUAAUUCUUGCUGCAGGCCUCGGAUUGGCUGAAGCUGUCGCACUUUCAGCUGGAUCUGGAUAUCUAAUGAAUAUUAUGGGUAUAUCUGUUGAUUCACCGAUGCGCAAACCAGCAGAAGAGUUCCUUACGAUGAGGGCUUUUGGUGCUCCACCUAUUGUUAUCGCACUUGCUGCACAGGGAACUUUCCGAGGACUUAAAGAUACCAAGACACCUUUGUUUGCCAUUGGAGCAGGAAACCUACUCAAUGCAAUUCUUGACCUGAUCUUGAUAUAUUUCUUAGGCUUUGGUGUUGGUGGUGCAGCAAUAGCCACCGUAAUUGCUGAAUAUGUGAUAGCUUCUAUCUUACUCUGGAAGUUGAAUGUACAAGUAUCACUUACCUCUCCAAAUAUCGACGGUGGAAGAUUUCUCCAAUAUCUUAAAUCAGGAGGGCUCUUGAUUGGAAGGACGUUAUCAGUCCUUGUGCCAAUGACGCUAGCUACAUCUAUGGCUGCAAGGGAAGGUCCUGUACCAAUGGCUGGUUAUCAAAUUUGUGUUGAAAUUUGGCUGACUAUAUCAUUGUUGACUGAUGCUUUGGCACUUGCUGCGCAGGCUCUUCUGGCUGGUGGUUACUCCCAAGGCAAUUAUGUGCAGGCACGCCAAGUUGUUUAUAGAGUGCUGCAGAUAGGUUUUGUAAUUGGAAUGGGUUUGGGUGCCACUUUGUUCCUUGGUUUUGGAGUGCUUCUAAACUUAUUCACCUCAGAUGCAGAGGUCACAAAAGUUGCCUGGUCUGGCGUCUUGUUUGUUGCUGGAUCACAGCCAAUCAAUGCAAUUGCAUUUGUUCUUGACGGGCUCUACUACGGGGUUUCAGACUUUGAAUAUGCUGCCUACUCUACGGUUGUAGCUGCAUUACUUUCAUCAAUUUUUCUGCUAAUUGGUGUUCCUGUUUAUGGUCUCCCUGGGGUCUGGGCAGGGUUGUUUAUGUUCAUGAGCUUGCGUGUAGUUGCUGGAAGUUUGAGGUUGGGCACAAAAAGCGGACCAUGGAACAAAAUUUGGUCUGAAUUGGAGUAGGGGACAGGUGUGCUUCAGUCAUGUCCUUGUGGCUAGCCUUGUUUAUCAGGCAGCUCAAUUUCCCAUGCCAGCCAGCAUAAGGUGAUGAGAUGUUGAGACGUUUGAGCCCUUUUUGAACUGCUCCUGAAUUUCAUCAGCAGAAAAGGCUUCUGGAGCCAUUGAGCAAUGAGGUCAUCAUGAUCUAGUAUGAUGCAGCAUUUCCACAUUCAAAUGCUAAUAGAGUUACGUUGCUCAGGAUCACACAUUGUUGGAGCUUCCAUUGACUAUUGUAUGCUGCUUAAUUCAGUUACAGCUCACAACUCACAAUCAUUGAGGUGCAUACUUCUGUAACUCUCGACUGCUAUUUGAAACUGCACAUCAUUGCUUUUCUGCUUCUAUAUGUAAAUAACUAGAUACUGACAGAAAGAAAAGUAUCAUCUAGAUUUAAUAAUUGUUAUGCUCUGUUUAACCAUUGAUAUGAAACUACUAGAAAUUUGAUGUUAAACAUCAGGAUCAUAUAUGUUAUACUGAUGUACAUAUACAGCUAAAGAGAAGACCGAAAAAAAGUGUACAAUGAUAGAUGAAUUUAUAUUGCAUUAGAAAUUGUAUA